UCACGUGUGGGUUCUCAGAGACGUCAUCCUACCAAACCAGAAAAGCAGUGUUCAGGCCUGUGACAACUCUAAACGCUUACAAACUAUCCGAAAACUAUCGCGGAUGUUUGUGUUCCGUAAUUCAUGUAGAUAGUUGAUUCGUUUUGGGCCUUCGGUCUGACAAUGGGAGCCAAUAACAGUACCCGCCGUGUGUCGUACGAGUCGGACGACAACGAGAAUGUAACUGUGGUGAAGGGCAUUCGGUUAUCUGAGGGCGUCAUCAACCGAAUGAGAGAACCAUCCAGGGCAACCCCCUUCGUCCCAAGUCCUGCACCUCCUCCCCCUUCGAUUCCUCCACCAGUUCCCCCAGAGACCGUACCAGAACCUUCACCUCCUCCUCCUCCUCAACCCAUGCAGGCUCAGACUCCGGUGGGAUCUUCUGCUCCCUUGCCAGAAUCCAGUCCAGCUCCAGCACCAGCACCAGCACUACCACCACCACCUCCACCUCCUGCUCCGCCGGCCAUUGAUGAAGAAGCCCUAAGGAAGAAGAUCAGUGACGAGUUGUAUGAAGGGCUGGAGAAGCAGAGAGUCAAAGCAGAGCAAGACCUGCAAACCUGGCUUGAAGCUGAGAAAGCCCGUACAUCAGCGCAAGCUAAGGCUGAGACCAGGCGUCACGUGGAGGACGAGGUGUCCAGAAUUCUGUCUUCAGAACGCACUGUCGCCCAGGAGAGCCUCCAGCAGGCUGUCCUCAGGGAGAGGAUCGCCACUGAGGAUGAAAAGCUACGGGCUCAGCUCUUUGCUAAGCAGCUAGAGGCUAAAGAGGCAGACCUAAACAAGCAGGAUGCUUUCUACAGGGAGCAAGUGGCACGACUGGAGGAGAGGAGUGCUCAGUUCUACAAGGUCACCACAGAGAACUACCACAAAGCUGCAGAUCAAGUGAAUGCCAAGUUCAAACGCUACGAGGCAGAUCCUGUGUGUGCAGACCUGCAGGGCCAGAUCCUGGCGUGCUACAAAGAAAACCAUGGCAAAACUCUCCAUUGCUCCAACAUAGCAGCUUUGUAUCUGCAAUGUGUCAACAAUGCCAAGCAGUUAAGUAAGCAUGCAGCGUCAUGGACCAAUAACACACCAAGUUGAGGACCGGCGGUUAAAGGAAGGAAUGGGAUAAGAAAGAUGGAGCAAUGAAGAGUUCAUUAUUGUGUGGGAUCACUGAUUAUCGACCGACUGACAAGAAAAGAGGAAUGAGUCAGCACCAAGAUGCACACCCUGAAAAAAGACAAACUCUGAAGACCGGAAAAUAAACUUUGUCUUGUCUCUCCUGUGGAAAAAGGUGACACUUUUCCCUCUUUGGAUGCACCAAAAAGCCUUAGACAUACAAUCACCCAAUAGCUGACAUUUCAGUAAGUUGUAUUAUUUCUUGUCAAGUGAUCUUACUAGAGAAAUUAAUAUUUUUCAUAGUAGUCCCUGUUAAGCUUUUAUAAGAAUACAUACAGUGGGGCAAAAAAGUAUUUAGUCAGCCACCGAUUGUGCAAGUUCUCCCACUUAAAAUGAUGACAG